CUGAUUUCCAUCAUUCCCUUCGUACGCGCCGUGUGUGCAUGUCGCUUGCUCACUCACGCAACCUUGUAAAUACGUAGUCGUAGUAUUUCGUAUUAAGUUCGUAGUUGUUAACAUGUGUCUCGCUAAGGAAGAUUCACAGUCGCCCCAGAAAGAGGCUCAGUCGCCUCGUUCUCCUUGGAUGAAGCUCUUGAAUCGUCAGAGCUCCAAACCAAGGCUGCCACGAAAGGUGACGAGCUCCGCGCGUGUGAAUCUAAACAAAUGUUGGUCGAAGCUCGGAGAGUUGAUCUCCAAUUCGUCGCCUCGCACUGACCUGCCAUCGAACAAGACUGCCUAUACCGGAGAACCAGUUUUAGUGCCGUUCUCCGAAUAUUUCUAUCCAAUGGACCCGGUGAAACCGGUUCCCGUCGAAGACAACGACAACGCCGAAAACCAAAACAUCCUGAACUCUAGCCGUUUUGAACUCAUCUCCGACGAAGAGAUCAAUGACAACAUGGCCAAUGAAGUCCGGGAGAUCUGCUACACAGCAAACAAGCCGAGCUGCUUUGUAUGUAAACUUUGCUACUAAUUCGUGCAUUUCCAAAAUCACAAUUCGUCUUCCAUUAAUUUUCAUUAACCGUAAUUAUUUUGGUACUAAUGCAGUGAAAACAAAAUCGUGUCUUCCAAUAUUAGAUUUAGUGUGUGCUCCAACAGCACUUUGGCGUCUUCCAUUAGACUUAGUGAUGCGGUAUGCUGAUACAAUUUCACUCUGAUGUUGUGAUUUGCGUUUUUGUGAUCUUAGAUUAGACUUUAGAUAAUUUCAUUUCCUUUAGAUAAUAAUGCGGAGUAUUUUGUGUCAGCAUCCCGUGUGUUAGUUCGAUAUUGUGUAACCGUGUUUAGUGUCCGUUUUGGUAGACAGCUUUAAUGUCAACUGCACUGUAAAUUAUCAUUGCACCAAUCUCAUCUUAACUUCUUCAUUAAUUCUAUCUCAAUUGUCACAUUUUUCAUUUAUAUCAUCUUUAUCCAAUGUCUUCCAUUAGAUUUUAAGUUUUGUCUGUGAUAUUAUAAUAACAUGACACGAAGCUUUAACUAGAUUAAUAGAGAAAUUAUUAAAAUAAAUAUAGAUUUAUAUAAAUUCUUUAUAAAAAAUAUAAAUGUAACACUAAAAGCAUUUAAGAUGUGUGAUAUCUAAGCUGUAUUCAAAACCUUGAAUUUAACUUAAAUAUCAAUUAUUUUAGAAUUUAAAUACAAAUAAAUGAUACAUAAAAUGUAUUGUUUACCUCUUAUGCUUUUAGUGUAUCACAUUAAAGAGAUUAUAAUAAAUGAUUAAAUCUAACAUGCAAGCUUUAAUAGGAGUAAGUUGUCUAUGAAAUUGUAUCUUUCUUGUAACUUUGCCUUCAAUGUUCUCUUACGUGUAUCUCAUUAGAAAUGGGCCGAACGUGCCAAUCUUAAUUUUAAGUCUUCCUUGAUAAUAAGUUUGUUUAGAUUAAGAUUAUGUUUAAUUAUAAGCCUUAUCAUUUACUCUUAUAGUUUUACGUUUGCUUUUUUUACAAUUUUGUCGUUCUCUCCCUUAUAUUGUCAAUUGUAUCUAAGUUUAGUAUUUUUUACUAUUGUAAUUUAGUUUUAAGUUAAGUUUAGAAUGUAAUUUUUUUUGUAGACUGAUAAUGUUAAGUAAUUACAAGACUUUCGUUUGAUCUCUGAAUCUCAAUAAAGAUAUCUUUUAAUAAAAAA